UGCGUGGAGGCGGGGCAGGGGGCGGCCCAGUCUCCAGCGGCUGGGAGGAGUGGGGCGCGGGCGAGGCCGCGAGCGGGACUCUCCGGCCCCGGAGCUGCCCUGAGGCCCAGGCGAGCGGGUUAAACACAAAGAUGAGAAAAGCUGAUCUCUGUUUGAGCUCUGAAGGGGCUGAAGUGAUUUUAGCCACAUCAAGUGAUGAAAAACACCCACCUGAAAAUAUCAUAGAUGGGAAUGCAGAAACAUUUUGGACCACCACAGGAAUGUUUCCCCAGGAGUUCGUUAUUUGUUUUCACAAACAUGUAAAAAUCGAAAAGCUUGUAAUCCAGAGUUACUUAGUACGGACUUUGAGGCUGGAAAAGAGCACAUCUAAAGAGCCUGUUGGAUUUGAGCAGUGGAUUGAAAAAGAUUUAGUGCACACAGAGGGACAACUUCAAAAUGAGGAAAUUAUGGCACAUGAUGGGAAUGCUACUUACUUGAGAGUCAUUAUUCUGUCAGCCUUCGAUCAUUUUGCAUCUGUGCAUAACAUUUCUGCAGAGGGAACAGUAGUCUUAAAUUUUUCUUAGUAAUUACAAAAAGAUGCUCUUACGUGAUUUUUUAGUAAUGUAUGUAUUUUAAAAUUGUCAUUGAUAUACUUUAUUAAAAGGAUUUAUCAACCUGUA